AUGGCCGACAUAGCAUCGAUAGCAAGCGACGAGGACGGUCUUGAGCUGAUGGCGUCUUUCAAGAAAGGCGCAAACGGUGAAGCUCGCGGGCGGAAGGCGCGCUCGCAGAUAAAUGAUCGCGACUUUCCAGAUGAAGAGGUGGUCAGCCAGCGCGCGGAAGGAGCACCGCAGAGGCUCCUAGCUGUUCGGGUGCCACCAGUGCACGACCGCGACGAAUAUAUCUAUUAUGACGGUGAAGCAGCCGUCGAGCGCGUUCAACGGGAAUUCGAAAAGAGGGGAGAACUCAUGUACGAUGUGGAAUUCAUAGAUGGUAGACACAAGCAGGUCACUUUCGACGAACUACUAGCCCUCGACAACGGUGCGGAAGCUUUCCAGACCUUUCAACAAAACGACGACGGAGUCGCGAGUUCGGAAAGCGCAAACGAGGACAUGCGCGACACACGGUUGCGUAGCAAGGUCACGAAGACUAAGAACGAAGGCUUCAUUAGUGUUGAAGGCCUCGAUUUAUCUUCUGAUGAAGAGGUCUCCUCGCGGAAACCCCGCCAGAAGCGACUCAGUGGUUUGAGGGGUAACGGCAGGAGUAGCAGGGCCACACGCCGAAGCACCACCCGCGACUCUUCGAGUGAGAGCGAUGCAACUACCACGAAGCGUCGCCGUAGGCGAAAAUUGGUCUCAGGACCGACACGCCGCUCUAGUCGGGGCCAUGCGCCUGCGCGAGUAUACAGCGAGGACGAGGACGAGGACGAUGACGACGAAGACGAAGAUGACGACGACUCCAGCAUCGAUAUCUUACUAUCAGAUCUCGCAUCACAAAAGCGAAAACGUGGACGCCCUUCCAAGGCACCAAAACCGGAGAAGAUUCCUCGGACUGGUAUACGACAGUCUGGUCGAGCUACUCGCGCGCAGAACAACAUGGAAGAAGCGGAUAUCAACGACAUCUAUAGAUCAGAUUCUGACGAGCCCAAGGCGGCGACAGUGAAGAUCGUAAACGCGAAGGAAACAUUCGAGACUCUCCCUCGCAACAAUCUGUUUAGGUCUCGUCACGUAGAAGGAUGCGAAGUCUGCUCCAACGGGCCCAAUGUUGCGCCGCUCAUUUACUGUCAAGGUUGCUCUCUAGCUUACCACAAGAAUUGCGUUGGGAACCGCGCUACUCGUGAGCAUCUCGUCACAAAAGUGGAUGACGAUAAGUACGUACUACAAUGCCGACGGUGCAUCAACGUAUACAAGAAGAAAGACCCCACAGCUCCGGAUCUUUCCAUGUGUCAAGAUUGUCGCCAUCCUGGUUCAGCCUGUAAGCCCUUCCGCCGUCGCAAACCCACGGUGCAGGAACAGAAAGACCGAGACGAGAAUGACGGAGUUGAUCCCGUUACUGACGUUCCUUCUAACCUCAUCAACAAUGCUUCCAAUGUCAUGUUUCGCUGUACACGCUGCUCGCGCUCGUGGCAUUACCACCACUUACCACCGCUUUCGCCUUAUGUUAUGGAUCUUACACACGACGAAGAGGAGACUGCCGACGAACGCUUCCUUGAGUACUCCAAGUCUUGGAUGUGCAAAGAGUGCGACGACACUAUCGAGCAGAAAGUCGGAGGUCUCAUUGCUUGGCGACCAUCAGACGUGGAAACCUAUAAUCCAGGCACUCCUUGCUACGAAGUGAACGAGGACGAUAAACAGUACCUGGUCAAGUGGGAUAGCCAGUCAUAUUUCCGCGCAACAUGGUUCUCCGGCGCUUGGACUUGGGGUGUCACAGCCGCCGCUAUGCGAAAGGCGUUCUUCAAGCGGGAGGAGGGGCCCAAGAUGCGGACAGAGGAUGCCAUCCCAGAAGAAUACCUCCGUAUCGAUAUCGUUCUCGAUAUCAAAUACACCAGCUAUGUUGAAGUCCGAAGCGAGGAAAUCGAUAAGGCGCGGAUAAAAGAAGUAGACAAGGCUCUCAUCAAGUACAAGGGUCUCGGAUACGAGGACGCUGUGUGGGAGAAAGUCCCAAACUCGAAUGACGGCGAUCGAUGGCUAGACUUCGUGACAGCCUACAACGAUUGGGUCGCUGGUCGAUACAUUCGCUAUCCGAAGCAAGGUCCACUCAAAGCCCGCCUAGAGAAGGCCCGUGUCGGAGCACCCGACUCAUUUGCCAAAUUGGAGAAACAAAAGCAACCGGAAAGCCUUGUUGGCGGAGAACUCAUGAAGUAUCAGCUACAAGGGCUAAACUGGCUUUAUUACCAGUGGUUCAUGCAGAAGAAUGGUAUACUUGCAGACGAAAUGGGUCUCGGCAAGACGAUCCAAGUCAUUGCGUUUAUGGCUACGCUCAUAGAAGAGCACAGCUGCUUCCCGUUCCUGGUUGUCGUUCCCAAUUCUACUUGUGCCAAUUGGCGUCGAGAAAUCAAGCAGUGGGUUCCGUCCUUACGUGUCGUCACCUACUUUGGCUCUUCCGCUGCCCGCGACAUGGCAAAGAAGUACGAGAUGUUUCCUGAGGGCUCCAAAGAACUUAGGGCACACAUUGUCGUAACGUCCUAUGAAACGGCCACCGAUGACAGCUCUAGACGGAUUUUCAAAAGCGUUAGCUGGGCGGGUCUCAUCAUUGAUGAAGGGCAGCGGCUCAAGAACGACAAGAGCCAGCUCUACGGGGCUCUUACCACAAUUAGAUCACCAUUUCGACUGCUCCUGACCGGUACACCUCUUCAGAACAACGCCAGGGAAUUGUUCAACCUCCUUCAAUUCCUCGACGAUAGUGUCAAUGCAGCGGAGCUCGAGGAGAAGUAUGAAGAGAUGACUGCGGAGGCUGUCCGAGAAUUGCACGAGCUGAUCCGGCCGUACAUCCUUCGCCGAACGAAAGCGCAGGUCCUUACGUUCCUACCUCCACUGGGCCAAGUCAUCGUGCCUAUAUCCAUGAGUGUCCUGCAAAAGAAUGUUUACAAAUCAAUCCUCGCAAGAAACCCAGAACUUUUGAAGGCUCUAUUUACUACUGGCAACUUGAAGACCCAGGAACGAGCGAAUCUCAGCAACAUCCUCAUGCAGCUUCGAAAGUGUCUCUGUCAUCCAUUUGUAUAUAGCCGCGAUAUAGAGGAACGUACUGACAUUGCUGCAAUGUCGCACCGCAAUCUGGUCGAGGCGUCCGCCAAACUUCAGCUUCUUGAGCUCCUUCUACCGAAACUCAAGGAACGCGGCCAUCGGGUUCUUAUCUUUAGUCAAUUUCUGGACAUGCUGAGCAUCAUCGAAGACUUCAUGGACGGGAUGCAGAUGGCUUAUCAACGUCUCGAUGGCACAAUGGGCUCCCUAGAGAAGCAGAAACGCAUCGAUCAGUUCAAUGCUCCUGACUCGUCCCUCUUCGCUUUCCUAUUGUCGACACGAGCUGGUGGUGUCGGUAUCAAUCUUGCAACAGCGGACACCGUCAUUAUCCUUGAUCCCGAUUUUAACCCUCAUCAAGAUCUCCAGGCUAUCUCCCGAGCGCACCGAAUCGGCCAAAAAAACAAAGUGCUUUGUUUCCAGCUCAUGACACGAACUAGUGUCGAAGAGAAGAUCGUGCAAAUGGGCCGGAAGAAGAUGGCUCUCGACCACGUGGUAGUUGAGCAGCUGGGCGAGGAAGAAAUUGACGACAAGGAUGUAGAGUCCAUCUUGAAAUUUGGAGCAGCAGAGCUGUUCAAAGAUGACAAUGCUGACCACGACAUCCGUUACGACGACGCGUCUAUCGACAAACUUCUGGAUCGAAGUCAAAUCGAGAAUACCAAGACAAGCAGUGACGAUUCAGCUGAGUCUCAAUUCAGCUUUGCUCGCGUUUGGGCAAACGAUCGAGGUACUCUCCAAGAAAAUCUAGAUACAGCAGACGACGAGGUCGCUCCUCCGGACGCUGGUGUGUGGGACAAGAUUCUCAAAGAGCGUCGAGAACUUGCGGCCGCUGAAGCGCUUGCACGUGCUGAGGCUUUGGGCCGAGGCAAGCGCGCUAGAAUGGUAAGUCACGUUGAGACUUCGACAAGGAUUUCGGCUGACCAAAUUCAGGCCGUGAAUUAUGAAAAUGAACAGGCAAAGAAAGCGGCCGAAGGCAGUGACAACGAGAGCCUUCUUGAUUCGCCUGUCAAGCCUCUCAAGCCUGUCAAGUUGGACAAGCGGUUGAAGAAGAAGAAAGAUCGCUCUGACGAAGAUACCGAUUUCCAGGCUGAUACCGAAGACGAACAGUCCGAUGAUCAACUUAGUGGCGCCGAGGAAGCUCAAGCUGAAGCGGCAAAUCUGGGAGAUGAUACCGCUCGCCGACAAAGUACAGGCAGCGCUGCGGUCAACAAGUCGCUGUACAAGCAGAACAGCGCAGGUGCGUCCCGAAUUUCUUUGAAGUCUACCCCAAGAUCUACUCCCAAGUCCAAGAGCAAGUCCAGAGAUCAGAAGUCUUUCCCUGCUAUCACGCUGUCUCCGAUCUCUCCUGGCAAAGUUGUGAAAGGCAAAACCGGUGCGCGCCGAAUGCCAAAGCUCAACCCUCUUCGUGAUGAGAAGAAAUACGGAACAAUUACCGUCACUAAAGCCCCUCCACCACGCCGUUCAGAAGUUGUGGAUCUCACGCAAGACGUGCCGGAGUCAAGAUCAGAGCUGAAGCAAGCUAAUGCAUUCCUUUCAGUCAAACCUUUCGCACGUGUCCAGAUGCCCAUCCGCUCACCGCACGAGGCGGGCUACAGUCAGUAUUCUCUCAUUACCUGUCCCGCCUGCCACAAACAACAUCCGCGGGGUGCUUGCGAGCUCAAAGUCGCCGGCGUCGAGCAUUGUGGUCUUUGUGGCCUCGCACACUACGGCAUCGCCCGCACUUGUCCUCAUAUCAAGUCCGAAACCCAGGUCCGCGAGAUGCUGUUUGCGCUCAAAAGCUCACCCGAGAAGAAAGAGCUGGUUGAUCUAGCGAUGAAGUACCUGCGUGGCGUGAAGGGUACGCUGGUUCAACAGAAGAAGAAGGAUAAGGAGAAGGCGAUGAUGCAGGCUGGCGGUAUGCCCCCUUCGAACAUGGGGCCUACAAACCUGGGGCGACCACCACUGGCGGGGUACAAUCCGAGCCAGGGACAGCACGUCCCGGGUACUCGUACGCCUGGAGGAGGAUACCAGCUCACGAGCGGGUCGCCUCAGCAGUAUCCUUCAUCUAGGCCUGUGUAUGGCAGUGCGGGUAGUCAAAUCUCGGGCCAAGCAGCACGUCAAAACGGUCAUUUUGAGCCGCCCAGGGGUGGUGCUCAGCAGGGUCGAUGGGGGCAGCAAGUCCAACCUCAGAAUGCCACGCCAAUUGACGAUCAUCAGGUCGAGAGUGCGCUGCGUGGUUUCUUGAACCCGAACAACUAA